CGGGAGCCGGCCGGAGUCGGGAAGCGUGGCACGCGUCGCAGCCGCGCCAGGGCUCGCGGUGCCUCUGUUGCCGCCGCCGCCGCCUCGGUCGUGCUCUCUGUCUCCCUCCGCCCGGGCGGCCGCCCUUGCGCCGCGCUCCGUCGACCGCGUGUUCGAGAGACCAGCCCGACGGCAUUGAGAGGCAAAAUGGUCCAUGCUGAAGCAUUUUCACGUCCCCUGAGCCGCAAUGAAGUGAUCGGGUUAAUUUUUCGUUUAACCAUAUUUGGUGCUGUAACGUAUUUUACCAUUAAAUGGAUGGUUGAUGCCAUUGAUCCAACCAGAAAGCAAAAAGCAGAAGCUCAGAAACAGGCUGAAAAACUAAUGAAGCAAAUUGGAGUGAAAAAUGUCAAGCUUACUGAAUACGAAAUGAGUAUUGCUGCACAUCUUGUAGACCCACUUAGCAUGCAUGUGACCUGGAGUGAUAUUGCAGGCUUAGAUGAUGUUAUUACAGAUUUAAAAGACACUGUCAUUUUGCCCAUCAAGAAGAAAUACUUGUUUGAGAAUUCCAGGCUCUUACAGCCACCAAAAGGGGUGCUUCUCUAUGGCCCUCCGGGUUGUGGCAAAACUCUGAUCGCCAAAGCUACAGCAAAGGAAGCAGGUUGUCGAUUCAUUAAUCUCCAACCUUCCACACUGACUGACAAAUGGUAUGGGGAGUCUCAGAAACUGGCUGCUGCUGUCUUUUCCCUUGCUGUAAAGCUCCAACCAUCCAUCAUUUUUAUCGAUGAAAUAGAUUCCUUCUUACGAAGUCGGUCGAGUUCUGACCAUGAAGCUACAGCUAUGAUGAAAGCUCAGUUCAUGAGUCUGUGGGACGGGCUGGACACUGACUAUAACUGCCAAGUCAUAGUGAUGGGAGCCACCAACCGUCCUCGGGAUCUUGACUCUGCAAUCAUGAGAAGAAUGCCAACCCGGUUUCACAUCAACCAGCCGGCUCUGAAACAAAGAGAAGCAAUCUUGAAGCUAAUUUUGAAAAACGAAAAUGUGGACAGGCACGUAGAUCUUCUGGAAGUUGCUAAAGAGACUGACGGUUUCUCAGGCAGUGACCUGAAGGAAAUGUGCCGGGAUGCAGCACUGCUGUGUGUCAGGGAAUACGUUAACUCUGCCUGUGAGGAGGAGACCCAUGACGAAGAUGAAAUUCGGCCCGUGCAGCAGCAGGAUCUCCACCGGGCAAUUGAGAAGAUGAGGAAAUCAAAGGACGCCACGCUGCAGAACGUUUUGAUGCACGUUAGUUUAGAUUAAGACAAAAGGAGCACAGGAGUGGUUUCAGCCAUAAUUUCAUUUGACUUCUGUAAUCAAUUAGCAAAAAACAUGAGGGGUUGGAGCAGGGAGAUGUUCCUUGAGUCCUACUUCUGGGAAUUGUUUUUAUACAACAAAUUCUAAGUUAUUGAGAUUCUGUUAUGCACAACUAGAGGUGUACCAGUGGGUCAGGAAGCAGAACAGUGAGAGCCCAGGCCACGCACUUGGGCUUGGCCCAUAACCUGCAGCUCGACACAGCUGUAUCGGAGGCCCGGAGGCGGGUGGGCCAGCGCUCCCAGCCCACGUCACUGUACCUGCCAGCCUCUGUGUACGUGUCUCAUGUAUAUAGCCACACUUUUUUUUUUAAAAACAUAUAUAUAUAGACAUAAUCUCUAGAUAACUUGAGUAUGAAAAUCUUUUCUACUUACUGAAGUGAACCAAAUGUGCAGAUGUAUAGAUUAAAGGUUUGUCAAUACUCAACUUGCUUUUAUUCCUUCCCAUUAGUAAGUAGCAAAUACGAAGGUAGAAAUUCCGCUUCUAGAGGCAAAAUUGGAAACGUUACUGAUUUCUCUUUCAUGUGACCACUUGAAAUCUGGUGCCAUUUAGUAAACAUAAUCAACACCU